CUGGAAGUGUAAAUGUAACAUAUCCGGCUUACUAGCGGCCGUACGUUUAAAUUCCCGGUCCUUUGUAGUUUUAAACUUUGAGAACAAAUUCUAAAGUGAGUCUAGAAGCGUAUUUUGCAAACUGACGCGGAGUGAGAGCAUGUCGUCUUUUCAGACGCAAAUAGCUUCCAUCAUGGAGAUCUUGGUCAAUGCGGCCUUGGCUGAAAUGAGGAAAAUUGUGAAUGAAGGGUUUGGCGUGUUACAUCUCGAAAGGUGUCAGCAUCACAAUGAAAACAAAACGCAGAAAGGGGAAUUGCCAUUGAUGGAAAACGAAGUUAGAGAUUCUUUAGAAACCGUAUGCGAAUUAAGAAUGACCCAGUUAGCCACUAUACUGGGUAUUCUGGCUCAGGAGGCAGUAAACAAAAUUUGCAGUCUUUUCAGCAAAGAGUCUGCCAUGGUACUUUUCGAAGUGACGGAGACACAGAAUGAAAAUGAAACGGCGAAGGCAGAAGUACAGACGAUGGAUCGGGGGUUGAGGAUUGUGCACGGAAGUGCAGAGGAAGUCGAAAAAUGUGUAGACAGCCUUUCUGUCGGAAUUCAAGUUGGCAAUGAAUUGAGACCAGCAGUAACAGAGAGGGAAGGUUCUCCCAUCAUCCGUGGGAACAAGGACACUGAGUCUUUGCAAGUGGAGGAAGAACAUAGUGCUUUUCAGACUGUUGUCUUGAUGGAUGAGUUUGGGGAGGUGGAGGACAGGAUUGAGUCCAUUAUCAUCAAAGAGGAGGGGCUUGAGGAAUGUUUGGAAAGCGGUGUGCCAGAUGAAGGUUUGAAUAUCAGUGUGGAGGGGGUUGUUGAACUUUGUACUGAGGAGAGACAUCCGAUCGAUCAACAAGAGGGCGAGGAGGAGUCCAGUGUUAGCCCGAGUCUAGCCGAGGGAGAGCAUGUAGAGCUUUUAUCUACGCAUUCAUAUUUCAGUAUUAGAAAACCCCUUGGUGGUAAAGAUUCCCAGAAAUCAAAGAACAGGCUAAAACUGGGAGCCAGAGCUGAAAAGGGAAAUAAACAGUACAACUGCACACACUGUAGGAAGAGCUUUGGAAGGCUAAUUGAUCUGAAAGCGCAUCGGAUUAUUCAUGCAGCAGAGAAGCCAUUCACCUGCACCCAGUGUGGGAAGAGUUUUGCACUGAAACGGAGCCUUAAAAUGCAUUUCUUAAUUCACACAGGAGAGAAACCGUUCAGUUGUGUCGAAUGUGGAAAGUGCUUCAAUCAGAAAAGCCUGCUGAAACAACACCAGAGUAUUCACAAAGUGAAAGCCUCUGGUCAGAAGGUCGCUAGUUCAAGCCCGACUUCAACAGAAUGGCCACAUCUGUGGGCCCUUGAGCAAGGCCCUUAACCCCCAGCUCCAGGGGCCCCGUUGCAGGUGGCUGCCCUUCACUGCCAAACUUGCUUGCACCUACAUGUGCAUCAUGGAGCAGAAGAUGGGGUAGGUGAAAAGAGAAUCAAUAAAGUGGUGUGGAUAUGUGAACCAGUGUUCCUAAAUUGCCCAUGGGGUUUGCGCUUUGCAGUGGAGUGACAUUUCCUGCCAUUAGCUCCAGGUUUGCCAUGCAUUACUGCAUUAUGGAAGAUAGCUGAAUAUAUAUUUUGUGAAAAGUCAGCAUUUAGUCUGUUAUUUGUUUAACGAUUGCUGUUUAACUGUCAACAUGAUUGACAAUAUAGGAUCAAAAUAGGUUAAAAUGCAGAAGCCAUACAAGAGCAGGUUAGUCAAAGGUUAGUUGGACGCAGUGUGUGGCUCAGUGAGUGAUGCCUGUGAUCAGGAUGUCACUAGUCCAAGCCCAGCCUCAGCACAUCUGCGGCUCCUUCAGCAAGGCCCUUAACCCCCCAGCUCCCUGGGAGCCCCAACAGGCGGCUGCCCAUCACGGCCAGCUUGUUCUCACCUAGACAGAGCAAGUUGGGGGAGGUGUAAAGAGAAUUUCCCCACGAGGAUCAGUAAAGUAUCGAUUAUUAUUAGGUUAGUUAGAAAACCAGUGUAUAUGAGUUGAAAUUCCCAGCAUACGAAAUAUGUGUUACAGAAUAACGUUUUGGUGACGGUCAUUUCUCAGUCAAUGCAAUCCAAACAAGUCCAGCAAUAUGAUAAGAAUGACAGUGUAAGGCCUAGUGGCAUAGAUGGGAUGAGGAGCUUUUUAGGUCUAUACAUCAACCCAUUAACACCGUCCACCACAAUGAUGUCCUCAGAAGUACGAGGCUGUCUCUUAUUAAUGUACCCUAGUCUGGGGAAAAAACAUUUAUAUUUAGCGCUGUGAGCUUAUUUUGGGAUUACUUUAUUUGCUGCUUUGACUCAUUCAAAUUUGAUGUCAUGUGAACCGGAAUUUAGUCUUGAGUACAAAGCUUGCCUAUGUUAGUCAUGUCCCAUCUAUUGAAGGUCGUUUAUCAUAAAGGCUGUGACUAAAAAACUUGUAAAAAAAAAAAAAAAAAAAAAAAAAAGGUGUGGCUGCAGCUAAAAUCCGUAGUCUGGCGAGUCACUGUAGUCUAAUGUAGCCAGACUGUGAGUCGUGACUGAUGUAUAAAUAUGUAGCACUGUUCUAAAGUCUUAGACCACCAAAGAAAAUUACAUUUAAAUCUAAAUUUUUAUUUUGGUGUAAAAGUAUGAUUUUAUGCCUGUCCGAGCAUGUCGUCUUAACCAUCUCAAUCCUCCCCUCAACUCAUCCCAGUAUUUGCAGGCACCAACCAAACAUACCCUUGCAAUAGCACGCCUUGUCUGGCUAAUCAGUAUUCCUUCACUUUCCCUGGAGUUCUGCGGAGAGCUUAAACUUCUAACCGACAACGUCCAUUCAUUUAUUGAACUAAACAUUUCACUCAAGAAAUUUAGGCAGUAUUUUCCUAUUUCCCACUUCGGAAUUUCAGGUUGCAACCAUGAUGCCUGUGACUCAUUUAUUUGAUUACUUAAAUAAAAGGCAAUUUUUAUAUUGUCGAUGUAACUACUCUCGAUUCUGUGGGCUGACCACUCUCAGACCAAACAAUACAUUUUCCCAUAAUGAAAAAAUGCAUCAGUAGGAGCCUAGCUGUAAAUAUUUGGGGUGGAGCCUUGCAACAACGGUGCGGAUGGGGGUGCUGCUUACGUACUGCCGUACACACUGUAAACAUAGACUUGUCCAAGGAUAUCUCUUGCCAUUUGUUUAAAUCUGUUUGACAUCCAAAUAAUAGGAAGAAAAAAACCGUGAUGUUUAAUUCCAACCAUCUGUGUAUGCGGGAGACUUUAUUUAUCUGACUGUCUCGCUGGGAGGGGAAAUUUAGCUGGCACGCAUUGGGCUGUAUUCUUAGGGUUUGCUUAUCUCACCAGUCAUCUCCGCUCUUCCUCUUCUAUUUGGGGAAGGCCUGUUUUUCUCACAGGGAAACACAUUCACUGGAUUGAUUCAAAUUAUUUUUAAAAGCCUACACAAGAAUUUGCACCAUUCCUUAAGUCCAACCAACUCUGAGACAAAAGUUUAAUCCAUAAUCUUAUUGAGAUGUACAUGUUGAAUCCCUCUCCAGUGAGAAUAUUAUAUGCUGAAGCCUCUUUUCUUGUUUGUUAAAUAUUAAAUAUUGUUAAAUUUUGUUUGCAAAUAUUUUUUUGUCUUCAUGUUUAUCCAUGAAAUAUUGUGUUAAAAAUAUUUCCUUGUUUUUAAAUGAACAUCAUUAAUAGGUACACUAUAGGCAACGCAUAAAUACACUUGAAAGUCACUUAUAUAUGGGCUAUUAUGCAAAAUCAUUCCGAACAGAAGAUUUUAUAUGCUGCAGACUGGCAUUCAAUAGCUAGCCUGCAGUAGUGUUACGAAAUAAAAUUUUAGUAAGACUGCACUCUUUCUAAGAGCAAUAAAAUGCAAUAAACGAAUCAUACAAAUAUUAACCAAAAUAUGUAUUGAAUAUUAUUGUGAAAAUUACACUCUGGAACUAAAUGUACAAAUGUGUUUAGACAGAAAAAUGACAAUUGACGUUAUCACAGGAAACAAAA